UCAGAAAGGAGAAUAGUCGUUAUAUAGUUAUUUCAUUUGAAAAAAAAAUGGAAUAUCUUCAAGUUUCAUCCAUUCAGAACAUCCAGGCGCUGUCCGCCUUGCUUUCCACUCAACAAGAUGAUGAUGAUGAUUAUCAAGAUGUGUCUCCUUAUGCCAAGAUGGGCCCAGGACACAUAGGCCCCCUGGCCAAAAAAGAGAAAGAAGAGUCGUCGGCAUAUGAGAAGAAGAACAGCAAAGAAGUGUGGAGCGAGGAAGAGGUGCCCGAAGGCCCACAGUAUGAUGAUGUCACCGACCCAAGGCCGCAGCCUGAAUAUGAAAUCAUCCUCAAGCAGAGUGUUGGCACAGAGGAUCUCUUUUUGGGCCUAAGCAGAAAGGACCCGUCCUCCAUGUGCUGUGAAGCAAUGCUGGUGAAAAUCAAACUUCCUGACAGCAAACUGUCAGAUGUGACUCUGGACGUGAAGGAGAAGUUCCUUGACCUUCGGACACCGAAAUAUAGACUGGCUCUCCACCUCCCGCACCCAGUCCACCACCAGGAGGGCAAGGCUCAGUUUUUCAGCGAGAGGGAGGAGCUAGAGGUGACGCUGGUGAUGAAUCGACCACUGGACGCCGUCAACAUGCAGUGA